UUGGUUCUUGUUUUCGGAAAACAUUAAACGACGAGUAAUUUUUUCGUUUUCUUUACAUUUUCGUAGGAUUCAUUUUCAGAUUGCAGCGGCAUAGUAAAAUGCAAAAGCGGGUUAAAUAAAUUGCCACAAUAAUAAAUGUUGUAAACAUUUUGCAUUCGAAUUUUGACGUUUUAUAACGCGGAGCCGUUAAGUUUUAUCAAGAAUUAUCUUAUUCAGAAAAGAAACGAGAGUGGAAGUGAUACAAGUGUUAAAAUUUCUGUUCUAAUCUCGAAAUUCGCACCUUUACUAUGGGUGAAAUCAAGUCAGUGAAAGUGGACAACUGGGGUGUCUUUUUCCUUCAGAAAUUACAAAACUUCUUCAAUAAGACCGACUACUGUGAUCUUACACUACAGUUUCGAGACAACUCUCAACUGAAGGUCCACCGCUUAGUGCUUAGCGCUUGCACAGAUUAUUUCAACGUCCUGGAGCAAACAUGCGAAAUGGUAGACGAUGCGCUCAUUAUGCCUAAUGAAUUGCAAGCCGAUGUGGUUGUACCUAUUGUAAAUUUCAUGUACACCGGAACGUUAGAAUUCGAGCUCAAAAUGUAUGGAAAGCUGUUACGAACAGCAAAGGAUAUGAAUAUGACAGUUUUACUAAAGUUGUUGGAAGCACACCGUCGUACAAUGGAAGGAGUAAACCGUAUGCAACGGCCGCCUAGCCCAAAACCAUUGCGUCGUCGAGUGCCUGUAGCUGGAAAUUUGCCUUCACAGCAGCCUGGCAUUCAACAACGUCGUAUAUUAACGUCACCAAAUAGUGUUUCUGGUGUUCAGCGUCGUAUUGCUCAGGCAAAGGCGAGUAGUACUAAUCCAUCUCCAUCAACUCCUGCUAAUAUACAAAGCCAAUACCGCCAACAGAUAGGGUCAACUUCUCUAAUAAAAACAAAUAUUGGAAAUAAUAACUCUAAUACAGGACAGUGCCGGUCACAAUUUGGUAACCAGACCAUACCUGAAUCACAUUCAACUACAAUUAAACAAGAGCCUGAAGAGACAACUGCAACAUCACCAUUUGAACAGUUACGUAAAGGUUAUAACAAUAAUAAACGACCCGCUAGCAAUACUUUGAUAUCUCCGCCAACAAAGAAAUUAAAUAUUGAAGAUGUAAAAGAAUUUGCCGAACAACAGCGAAUGAGGAAACAGAUUGCUGCUGAAUUUGGUGAUGAUCAAGGAGAGUAUGAAAGUAGUAUGAUGGAAGACGACAUACAUAAUGACGAUGAUGACGACGAUUUAGCUACUUCAUCUGCCACAGCUGCACCGUCGGCCAUACAGCCAUCCACAUCGCGUCAUACUCAAUUGCAACAUGGAGCCACCACAAUUACCAUUAACCAAAAUGAGAAGCCGCCUACUAUUGUCGUCAAAGAUAGUUCCAAUUCCAAAAUGAAUCAUGCUAAAAUCAUCAAAGAAGUGCUACGUCAGUAUCCACAUUUAGUAAAGAGUAAUAAAAAUAUCAAGUUAAAGAUUAUGCCCAGCUCUGGUGACCAACCCCAAAAAAUUAUUGUAAAGAAAGAACAGUUGGAAGGCAUUACUGGUAACACACAAAGUCAGUCUUCGUCCCCAUCUCAAUCAGUGCUGCGUGGACAAACCUCAUCGCAAACAUUAUUGAAACCAAUGGAGAAGUCUCAAAGCAGUGUGAAUCAAACAGCAUCACAGCAGCCAGUACAACCGAAAGUAUCACCAACACAGCAGAAAGAUUCAGCCACAUCAGUAACGUCUACCAAUCUGAGCAAUGUUGACAGCGCAACGUCAUCGUCAGCGCCCGCUCAAAAACGGCGAAUUGAUAGUAAAACAAUGCAUGCGUUAAUUGCAUUAGGGGCAGAAAAUACCACUGGUCCUUGGCUGUGUCUCCGUUGUGGAGUUAAUGGACGUCCCAUAAGUAUUCCAUCGUAUCGGGGCUUCCGUCGCCAUUUGAUCAAUACACAUAAAGAGCAAAUUGAUCCAGCUCUAUGCGAGCAUUGUGGUUGGCGUUCAAGCACUAAACGUGAACUUCAUUUUCACAUGGAAGUUGAGCAUAAGGUAAAGACUACCUCAUACACUUUCCCACAAUGCUUGUUGUGUUCUAAUCCGUUUUUAGACACAAACACACUCAAUCAGCAUAUGGUUGAAGCUCAUCCAGAUGAAAACAAACAACAAUGCAUUUAUUGUAAUAAAAUAUUUGCGCGUGAACUACAAUUAUAUAAUCACAUGAAAACCUACCACAAGAAGCAGGCUCUAGAAGAUGGCAUUAUAGAUUAUUCAGAUGAGGAAUUUUCGGAAUCGCAAGACGCUAGUGAAGAUACAAGAGCGACAGAAGUUGCAUCGAAAGAAAAGAAAGAAUCAAAGAUUAAGAUAAUUUCCGAUAUAAGUUUACCCAGCGCCGGUACGAUAAUCAAUAUGGAGAGUAGUAACGUUUCUACUGGCAUAAACGCACAAAUCGGUAUUGCAGGUGAUCAACAAGAAUUUAUGGAAACCAAUGAUAACUCCAUUAUAGCAUCCGAACCCAAAUUCGUUACUGUUGAUGGCAACGAAAUGGUGUUAACAGAUGAGCAGCGACAGGAGAUAAUGGCACAAUUAAACCAAGACCAUGGUGGUGGUGGUGGUGUCGUAAUGGUAUUAAAUGAGCCCACUGAGUAUACUACGGAAGCAACCACUUUAAGCACUCAUCAAGACAAUGUAGAAAACAGUAGUGAAAAGGAACACACAGCACAGGAUACCAAUCCCGAACUUGAGCAAGAACAUGAGGACGAAACUAUGGAAGAAGAAAUUGGAAAUAUAGCAGCUGAAAGUUCAACUGCAGUUGAUGACUUUGACGACAGUCAAAUUUAUAGAGAACUCAAUGAUGCACAGAACACACACGACAACGAAGACGGGCUUACAGGCAUUGUCAAUACAACAGCAGUUGCUGGAGACAAAAAAAAUACUUCCAGCGGAAGUGCAUUGGAUGAGAGCAAGGAAUCAGUAGAGAAUUUGGAAUGGGCGGAAAACUUGAUUAGUGCUCAUGAGAUGGCUGAUCAAGAAAUAGAAGCUGAAAAACAUGCUAAGGAAAAUAAAAAUGUAGAUUCCAUAAAUGAAAAGCUUAAAGAAUUGACUGGCGACUGGUCAGAGGACGAAAACGACGAAGAACAAGAGGUUCCAGCAGCAACUCCAGUGUCAGAAGUAGAUACAAUAGAAGAAUCUUCUGCCAUUAUUGAAAAUAUUUUGGGAGAUAAAGGUAAUACUGUUGAACCCAGUAAAAAUCAAACUACGCAGGAGGACGUUAAAGCUGCUGAAAAAUUAGACAAUAAAUCAAUGGAACCAGAUAAAGCCGACGCUGAAAGUGACAUUUUAGAUGCAGCUGAAGACAACGCCAUUCUUCAAGAUGAUGAUCCCACAUACACAAAUGCAAACGUGGAUGAUUCGAAGGGGGAUGAAGAUGAUUUAGAUACGUUAAUGAAAAAUUUACAUAAGGAGGACACAGAUGCAACAACUGAAAUGGAAGGUGAGGAAAAAGAGAAUGAAGAAGAAAAACCGAAUGAAGUCGUCGCAGAUGAUCAUGAUGUAGCAACUCAAAAGGAAGAGUUUACUACUUCUUCAAAAGACACAAUGGCAAUUGAAUCUGACUAUAUGUCAACAGAAGCAGAUAGAACAGAUAAUACUAUUAGUGCUACGGGGGCCAGCGAAAGUUCACUUCAACGUGAUGUGCUGUUGGAAGAACUUUCUAUAAAAGAAGAAUUUAUUGCAGAAAGCUCUUCAGUAGAAACUAAAGUUAUAAAAGUAUCGUCCGAGGAGACUCCAGAAUCUUCUACAACAGUCAAAAAAUCAACUGAUGUGGUUGAAGCCUCCCAAAUAGACGAAGAUAAAGAUGCAAAUGAAGUUAUGAAAGAGAAACCCGAAACCGAAAAUGAUCGGGACGAUGCUAACAUUAAAACUGACGAAAAAGCCAUACAAGAUGUUGGUACGGGAGCCAGCGAAGCAAGCAAAGAUAAUGACGAAUUAUUAAAAACAUCAGAACGCGUUAAUAGUCUUAUUAGCGAAUGGGGUGAAGAUGAGGAGGAAGAAGAGCAAAUAACUCCUCCUACGGCUAUAAUCACAACGGAGGAGGAAGGAACUCUUUGAGAUCUAGAUUUAAUUGCAAUGUAAGUUUUUAAACGGUUUAAGAAUGAUUAAAUAUACAUAUGUAGCCGUAGAUAUACUACAUACACAUAUUCAUCAUAAGCUGUUAAUUUAUUU